AUGCCCCUUCUGGACGAUGACAGAGUGCACUUAUUUAUCAUUCUCCUUUUAAUACCUCUCCAAUUUAUUGUUUGGAACUAUAUACACGCCUCUCAGGUGGACACGGAACCAAUUUUUAAGCCUAGCAUCUACUUUAAGUCCAACCCGUUCUUCUUGUUCAACUACCUUAAAAAUGCAACUGUGAAAAUUUAUCAAAAGGGCAUUGCUGGAAUUCUGUCCCUAAAGUUGAAGGAUUUGUUCGUUUUACCGAUAUCACUGCGGUCUAACAAGCCAGCGUUGCCGCCACCACCACCUCCGAAAAUCAUUGAGCUUUAUGAGCGUAAUCAUGUCUUCUUCGGAGCCAACCAACGAGUUCAUCAGACUCGACCUCCCUCUCUGCGUUUUUCAGUUGGUCAAGUGGUGCGCCAUCGUCUGGGUUUCAAGGCCGUGGUAAUCGGCUGGGACGAGGUCGCUUGUGCUCCAGCAUCCUGGAUGGUUCUUCGCUACCCUCGUCUCGAGAGAGAGUUGGAAGCAAGGCAGCAACCAAACUAUCGUCUUCUCGCUGAUGCGAAGGACACACUCUUUCAGUUGGGGCCUGUGUACGUUACUCAAGAUGAACUAGAGAGUCUAUCGGUAGAGGAGUUGAAGUCAGAGACCAGGGGCCUUUACCCCCACGAACCUAUAAUUAAGCACCCGAUCAUCGCCGAAUUUUUUGACUUUUUUGACGGGAAGAAGUUUUCUCCUCGUCCAUGGCUUCGACGAAUCUACCCACGAGGGUGA